AUGACCGGAGUCGCCCUCCACCACAAGCGAAAGCAGCCCACCGGCGGCGACUCGGACGUCGCUGCCGCCAGCCCCGCCUCCAAGCAGCUCGAGACCGACGACCUGUACGACGUGCCCGUCGGCAUCGCCACCGACCGCGGCGGCAAGCUCAACCAGGAGGACGCGUACUUCAUCGGAGGCAAGGUCGUAGAGAGACUCACACUGAACGGCUACUCCAGCUCGGCCAGCGGCUGCUUCGGCAUCUUCGACGGCCACGCCGGAGACCGCGCCUCCCGCUACUGCGCAGAGAACAUUUUCCCGCGGAUCCUCGAGCAGCUCGCCCAGGAGUCCACCGUCAACGACGCCAUCACCAACGCCGUACGAGCCCUCGGUACGUCGUCACGCGUCCGUCACGCCACCCCGUCAAAGCAACAAGUGUCUAACCUGUUUAUUGUCUCCCCUCUCUAG